UUUGGUUGUAUUUAUUUUUUACUUUUUUUGACUUCAGUGGAUUGAUGCAGUGACAUUCAACGGAAACUCACCUAGUUAAAUUAUUAAAAUUUUUACGUAUUGGAUUAAGUGAUUCAAAUUAUAAACCUACGAAAUUUUGAAGGAUAUCGAAUCUGAAAACAGAGUUUGUCUUUCGAAAUUUUGUUUGCAAAUCAUGAAUAUGCAGAUUCUUAUUAUUUCGACGCUUAUUGUGGCAUGUUCUGUCACUCAGGCGCAACCUGUUGAUAAAAGCGACGCUAUUGUCGAAAUCGAAAAACAAAGACUGGUUAAAUUUCCCGAUGAGGUUGACCCACAUCAGGAUUCUACUGGCAACAGUUCCAAGCUGGAUGAAGCUCAACGCAUUCUGCAGGAAAUUGAGAAGAUUAAUCACGCAUUGGGUUAUGUUCGAAAACAACCCGAGCACUCAAGAAUUCCACCUAUUCUAGAUUCAAGUCAAUAUCUAUUUCCAAAACCGGCGAUGCAACCAUUCCAUCAGCAACAUCACCAAGCCUCUGGUAUGAAUGGGGAAACCAUACUAAUUCCAUCUAUUAGAUCAAUAUCACUGGACCAACAAUAUGUUACACCUUACUCAAGUUCCAAGUCCAUUGGAUUUAGAGUUAAUCCGCGCAAGCAUCCAACCACCAAUAAGAGUCUAACAAAAUUCAAUGAGUACGUCUUCCGUCCAAAUGAAGUGAUCCUACCAGCGCCACAUGGUUCCGGCGAUCAACAGCAAAUACCUACACAUUUUGUAAUACCAGUGCGACUUUACAAACUCAAUAAGGAGGAAUACAUUAAUAACAAUGCACCUCAAGAAUUUCGAGUCAAGGGAUAUAAAAUUGUCGGUGAUGUUGACCAUUUCUAUGGGAAAACUAAGCAUAAGAACCAGGGAGUAAGCGGUGGUAAAGAAAAAUCCACACCUAAAUACAAUUUGUUCUUUCUUUCACGUGAGAUAGCGUUGAACGAAGAUUCAAAUCAAAAUAUUUCACAAGCUUCUGACAUGAAAUUGGAAGCCAAGGAAGAAUCGCCAGAUAGUAAUACGAGGGAAGAGAAAGUGAUUGGUAAUCAAAGGCCUUACAAAAUACAAACUAUAGCAACAAGCAGCAGCAGCAGCGGAGGUUCGAAUACGAACGUCACAACGCAAAUUAUUCGAAAACGUGUUAUACCUAAGCCUUUCAGAGAGAAGGAACCUAACAUCAGUGAGAUGACAGAGCAGCAGGUUCCGUUCGAAGGGAUUUCUGCGACCAGCAGCAUCAAUACUAACACCAACACUAACAGUAAACCAGCAGUGACCAAAAGCCCAACUCACAACUCGAAUGUAUUUAAUACACGUAUACAGCCUGGUAAUUUGAAUAUACCCAACUUUAGUAACGUCGUGAGACCAAAUGAUUCAAAAAACUCUACUGCCAGCAAUACGAUUAAAAAUGCAUUUCAAAAUAUAUUCAAAUUCCCUUUUCGCCAGGACAGCAAACCGGAUAUGACAACGGGCGUAUCCGGUCAAAUGCCACCAAAGCCCUUUCUCACGACACUAGCUUAUCAACCAGUGCAGCCUCCUACAGAGGUAGGUGGAGCACAUCAAUCACAGAAAGGAAGUUAUUACCACUGGGACGAUGAAGCGAGUAACAGUGCUUCAGAGGAAGAGGAGGACAAUUCCACUGAGCAUGAGGAAAAACAAAUAUUCGGAAACCGUAAAAAUGGUGAGCAGAAUACACAAAUGGAAGCCGUCAAGCAGGGUGGCAUUAUCAUACAGCGUCUGAAGGUUCGGAAGGGUGGCAUUGCAAUUGCGGGACCUGGUGGUGUAGCGACUGCGGGCAGCGGUGGUACCGCUAUUGUUGGUCCCGGCGGCUACGCGCUUACCCAUCCUCGUAGUCUGACCAUUGCUGGACCGGGGGCUAAAGUGAUUGCCAUUCCAUCCAGCGUAGACUUAAAAGAUGCAUUGCAAAGAACAAACCUUAGCGACCAAAGUAUUCCUCGCGAAGGCAAAGUUGUUGCCACUGGCCCGACGGUUUAUUAUUCGCCGGCGACGGGAACUGGCACAUCGGAAGACUUCCCGUAAUAAACAAAAAUACUGAGAAGGGACGAAUGUUAUUAUAAAAAGCUAGCAAUAAUUUUAGUGUGUA